AAUUAUUGUUAAAAUGGCAACCACAAUAUUCUCUGUUUUCGAAAACAAGCAAAACCUGGACAAGACAGCCGUCAUCAUUCCAUCGUCGGCGCCUAUCCCUGCUUCUCUUACUUACAAACAGCUUCUUGAUGUUAUCUACGAUUUUGCCAACAAGUUGUCUCAGGCUGUCCCUGCCGAGGCAUUAAAGCCCGGAAGCUCCAUUUCUAUUUCUUAUAUUAACUCUCUCGAGUUUGUGGUUGCUUUUCUCGGUGUCGGCUUCAUGCGUCUGAUUGCCUCCCCUCUCAACCCAGCCUACAAGAAAGACGAAUUCAACUUUUACUUGGAGGAUGCCCAGAGCACAAUUAUGAUUGUUCCCGCCGGUGCCUCCAAAGACCCAAAGAAUGCUGCCGUGUCUGCUGCCAGAGACAGAGGUGCUCUUGUUGUUGAGAUCCACUGGAAUGGAAAGUCUUUGGAUGUUGAGCUUGUUGGUGGUAGCAAAGGUUCCGGAAGCCACCGUAAGAUCGAGUCGUUUAAACCCCAGACCGAAGAUAUUGCACUUUUGUUGCACACCAGCGGUACAACGGGAAGACCUAAAGGUGUUCCUCUUACACAGCUCAACUUAGCUACCUCUAUGAACAACAUUGUGCACACCUAUGAACUGAAUCCCAAAGACAGAACCAUGCUGGUUAUGCCCCUCUUUCACGUACAUGGCCUGGUCUGUGGAUUACUGGCCACUCUCUUGGCCGGUGGCUCGGCUGUAAUUCCUCAGAAGUUCAGUGCUUCUCAUUUCUGGAAAGACUUUACUGAUACUGGUUGCAACUGGUACACUGCAGUUCCGACAAUUCAUCAGAUCCUCUUGAGAAACCCACCUGCUUCGGUCCCUAAUAUUCGAUUUAUUCGCUCCUGCUCAUCAAGUCUGGCCCCUGCAACUUUCCAUGCCAUCGAAAAGCACUUCAAGGCUCCUGUACUGGAAGCAUACGCCAUGACUGAAGCAUCUCACCAAAUGACUUCUAACCCACUUCCAAAGUUCGGACCACACAAGCCUGGGUCCGUAGGUUUGGGCCAGGGUGUUGAGGUUGUGAUCCUAGACGACGAAGGCAAUCCCACAAUUGAGGGAGAAGUGUGCAUUCGCGGUGCUAAUGUCACCCAUGGAUAUCUCAACAAUGUCGAGGCUACCCAAAAAUCGUUCACAAAGGAUGGUUACUUUAGAACGGGUGACCAGGGUAAAAAAGACAAGGAUGGUUAUCUUGUGCUGACCGGUCGUAUCAAGGAACUGAUUAACCGUGGUGGUGAGAAGAUCUCUCCUCUUGAACUCGAUGCCGUCCUUCUCAGCCAUCCAAAGGUAGCUGAGGCAGUAAGCUUUGCUGUUCCCGAUGAUAUGUACGGACAGGAAGUCCAUGCUGCUGUUGUGUUGCGUCCUGAGGCUUCCAAAGAAACCCACAGAGCCAUUGAGCGUGAAUUGACCUCGUACAUGGUUACAAAAGUGGCCAAAUUCAAGGUACCAAAGCGUAUCUAUGUAACUGAACAUAUGCCCAAGACUGCCACCGGAAAGAUUCAGCGUCGUGUUGUCAGUGAAACAUUCUUCAAGCCUCAACAGCAACAGGCUAAGCUUUAAAAAUAUAAUGCCUUUAAUUAAUCGACACCAGCAACGGUACCGUCAAAAGCAACAAAAAAAAGGGUCUUUAUAAUACGUAGAAUACUGUUUCAAAACACACGUUUUUUUUUGUACUUUAUAUACUAGAUAUUCAAAAUAUAUAUACUUCCCCAGCAUCCAUCCUACAUUUUUUGUUCUUCAAGAGAACUAAAAGUAAAUAAACAGCCAACCAAACAAC